AAAACAAUAAACUAAACUGCGUCACAUUAUCAGGUCCUGGAACACCCUUAACUGAUUCGACUACUAGAGGAGAAGCUACUGGUCACCUAUGAAUGCAGGGUCAAAGUCAACGGCAGGGCUCGCCGGCAGUGACGUGGCAGCUUCCCGGUUUUCGUCCGGUUGCGUUGACAUGUGCGUAUUGCUCACGUUGCGUAGACCAGACGGGACGACCUGGUCAGUCUCGCGCACACCAAAACUACCAAGAAUAACCAUUUUCUUGCAUUCCACUUCUCGCCAUGGUGAAUCCCAAUUGUAGGGUUCCUCUUCUCCUUUUCAUCUCUUCCAUAUUCUUCUCUUGUUUUCCAGGGUCAACGUUAUGUGCUGUUGUGUCGCUAAAAUCAAUUGAGGUUUUUAAAACGCACGAGUGGCUGAAAGCCACUACAACUGUGUAUUUCCUGUGCAAAGGGGAAAGCAAGACUGUGCUUCUAGAUGUCAGGAAAUCACAUACCUUGUAUGCUUUCAAUGGUGAAGAAUCUUGGCAGCCUUUAAGCAACUUUACAAGUAAAGAAUGCAAGCGGUGUGGAUUCUAUGAGGAGGACAGCAUUACUUUAGAUGACGUACUUGACGAAUGGGAGUUUUGUCCAUCUGACUUUACUGCACCUGAUGGUGAAUAUAUUCGGUUCAAGGAAAAUCAAUUCGUUGCUACUUUUCUGUGUUCAGAGUGCUUAUCACUCGCUGCUGUUGAUGAGCAUGAUGAUGGAAAAGGAAUGCAUAUAGUUGUUGUGGUUUUGCUGAGUGCUUUGGUCUCAAUUAUACUGAUUCUUGGAGUGGUGGGUGCAUACAAGUUUUGGGAAAAGAAGAUUAGGGAACAGGACCAGGCUCGGCUUUUGAAGUUAUUUGAAGAUGAUGAUGAAAUUGGGGACGAGCUGGGCCUUGGUACAGUAAUAUGAAAUAACGAUAGCAAACAAACUUCGUCGUGCACCAUUAUACGUCAACGCAAUUUUCUUUACGAAACGACGAAAAAUUAUUUUCUUCUGGUUUGAUAGGAAACUAUCACGAUGUAUAGGAGAUAGAUAUUCAUCAUGGUGGAAAGAAAGGUUUCAAUGUUCGGAUCCACUUGUACAUAUGACAGAAGGCUAAGUUGCAUAUCAUAUUUUAGGUUUCCUCAGCUAUCUAAUAGCAACUGGGGAAAAAUAAACUAAAUGUCGUAUUUUAGAUUAGCUCGGCCAUGUGUUAUAAAUAAGGAAAACAAAUAAAUAGGUCAUGAAUGACCUAGGAUUCUUGUGCAUUUCGCAUAGUUUGUGUAGAUUCUAGUAGUUGCUAUCACUCAAAGGAAGUCAAUAACACCCACCAUCACGGUGUAUUCAAUCUCAA